AUGUAGCUGAUGGCGGUCGCUCCCCAAAUCCGGGGGGCUGCCCCAAAAAAGAGGGUCCCAAGCCCCCUCCUCAUCUUCUGCCUCCUGCUCCCAGGUUCCAAGUGCCACACCUCCACCUACCCCUCGAUCUCCCCCCCACCCCGGGACACCCCAGACGCCCUGACCGUGGCCACCGGCCCUGCCUCUGGCCACUUUUGUGGCUCCUCGGGAGAGGUCCACGUGUUUCCCGGACCCACGUCCUGCUCCGGAGCUCCCGGGACACACCUGAGCAUCAAGUGCCAGUUCGAGGCACCGCCGGACGCCAAGGUCACCUGGCUGCAGGUGUGUCCCCGGCGCUACCUGGAUGACAGCUGGAGCUGCAGCUGGCCGCAGGAGGUGCCGGCCGUGGGCGGGGGUCGCCGGGUAGUUCAGGACGAGAACGUUUCCACGCUGAGCUUCCAGCACCUGCAGCACAACCACAGCGGGCUCUACUUCUGCCGGGUGCAGUCCGGCGACACGGCCGCGCAGUCCUGCGGGACUUUCGUGAGGGUCGUUGAGCCCCUGCCGGUGCCGUUCCUGCAGCUGAAGGAUGCCACCAAGAACAGGAUCCUGACGGCGCAGGGAGUGCUGCUGCUGCUCUGCGCUGCGGGGCCGGGGCUGCUGCUGCUCUUCAGGAAGCGCUGGGCCAACGAGCGGCUCCUCCAGCCCAAGAAAAUUUCCUUUGAGGAGGAAAAUCUUUAUGAGGGGCUGAACCUAGACGAGUGCUCCAUGUACGAGGACAUUUCCCGGGGGGUCCAACCCACCUACCAAGAUGUGGGGACCCCCCCUCCUGCCAUCGACGGUCUCUUGGAGAAGCCUUAA